AAACAUAUGCUUGCACUAUUUAAAUAUUAUAAUUAAUGAUUUUUCAGUAAAGUUUUUGCUUAUAACUAGUAAACAUAGUUAUCGUAAAAGAUUAUUAUUGAUAUAGUUGCCUUAAAAAAAAAUUAUCAUUGAAAAUUUAUUGAAGAUGGUCUCGAUUCCUCCUCAAAGUAAACUAAUGGGCAAGUACAGCUUUUUGGAAGGGUACAACGACGUCAAAACGUGCCGCGAUGCACACCAGGCAGCGUCGAACGUGGUCAACAAGACUAUGGCAUUCGCAGAAAUGUGCUUCAACGAGGAAAUCAGAUUCAAAUCGUGCCAAUCCACUCUGCUGCUUCAUGACGACAGCUGGCCGACGGUGGCCGAAUUCAACAUAUUCGCCGCUUUACCAAAAAUCGACGCUUUCAUGAAGUACACGUACCCCUGGCUUAGUAACUGGCCGCACUCGACGAGGCACCUGAAAGAAAUUAUUGUUUCCAAACACCUUUCCUUCCAAGUCUUCGAGAUAUGCUACGGCGCGGCACGGAUUUCUUACCCAGUGGUCCAGUCCACUUUCUCCGUGUAUUUCGUCUUUGAGAUCAACCGAUUCGUGGACCAAGGGUCGGACUGCCUCGUCAGGUACUUCUUGGAGGGUUCGGACGAAGAGCUCAUCCCUUACGUGAACGACAAUAUAACGCAGUCACAGGUGAAAGCUCUCCUCAAAGGGAAGCUGGCCCUCUCGUCGACAAUCAACCUCGGCUCGACCGUCCAAAUGUCCGACGACACCAUCAGGAAACUCGUCGAUAUGAAGAAACAGAUGCUGAAAGAUUUCCGGUUCGUAACCAACACUGCCGCAGCCCACGAGACCAUCCCGUUUCCUUACUCGGCUCACAUCCAAUUGAACAAAAGAUGCUCGGUGCACGGGAAGAAGUGCCCCAUCUUCCGCUUAAAGUCACAGCCGUGCGGUACUCACCUCGGGGUGGAUGAGGACGCUCGAACACUUUCUUCCAGUACGUUCUCGAGCGGAAGCUCUGAACGAGACUCGUUUUAUGACAGCUUUGACAAUGCGUACAUUGGCAAAGAUACUACCAACAAGAGUAAAAACAAGAGGCGUUCUCGCACGGUGUCGGUCUUUCGAACUUUGAAACCCGGUUGGUAUGACUACGAUUUAGAUGAUGACGAUGACGACGAUGUCGUCGUCGAAGAAACGAACGAGGACGAAUUCAACUUAGAAUAUGAUUUCGAUGACUAUGACGACGACGAGGACGACAAAGAAGAAUAGGCGGUUGGAGCUUUCUUCUUUUUUUAGAAUGUUAAUUCAAGAUUCUUCAAAUUGAAGAAUUGAAUUGACACCAUGUCGAGAAUCGGAGUUCAAGAAGGAAGAGCAUCAUUCCACCUUGACUCGUUCAGUUGUUAAUUAUACGCAGUUGAAAAUAAG